CCCGGGCAAUCAGGGCAGGCUCACGCCCACAUGGACGGGAGGUGAGCUCCUCUGCCCAGGUGUGUGCUCCAAAACGCAGGUGAACCUGUUGCGUCGCUUUCCGCAGUUCCUGGAUCAAAGAAGACUGGGAAGCAUGUGGGAGUUUUGGUUAAUUUCUGUCCCUGGUGAUGAGGAGAAUUUACAGGCUAUUGAGAGGAUGAAAACAGUGACCUCCAAGUCCAACCUGUCUUACAACACCGAGUUCUCGAUUCCUGACUUCAAGGUGGGGACCUUGAAUUCCCUUAUCCGCCUCUCUGACGAGUUGGGGAAACUCGAUACCUUUGCUGAAAGCCUCAUCCGGAAAACGGCGCACAGCGUGGUGGAGGUGAUGGAGGAUGCCAAGGAGAAGGUGCAGGAGAACCUCCUGGCCAACGGAGGUUUGAAGGAAAAAAUGAAAUGCUUGAAGAUUGACUUACCGUCCUUUGUGACCCACUUUGAAUGGAACAUGGCCAAAUACCCUGCCAAGCAGCCGCUGGCCAGUGUGGUGGAUACUCUGGCAAAGCAACUGGCACAGAUCGAGACCGACGUGAAGUCCCGCACGGCUGCUUACAACACUCUGAAGACAAACCUGGAGAACCUGGAGAAGCGGUCCAUGGGGAACCUCUUCACGCGGACGCUGAGUGACAUUGUAAGCAAAGAAGACUUCGUGCUGGAUUCCGAGUACCUGGUCACGCUGCUGGUCAUCGUUCCCAAACAGAGCUACGUGCAAUGGCAGAAAACCUACGAGUCCCUCUCGGACAUGGUGGUCCCGCGGUCGACCAAAUUGAUUGUUGAGGACGGCGAGGGCGGCCUCUUCACCGUGACUCUGUUUCGAAAAGUGAUCGAUGACUUCAAAUCCAAAGCCAAAGAGAACAAGUUCACUGUCCGUGAAUUUUAUUAUGAUGAGAAAGAAAUUAAAAGAGAAAGGGAGGAGAUGACCAGGUUGCUGUCUGAUAAGAAGCAACAGUAUCAAACUUCCUGUGUUGCUCUUAAAAAGGGAUCAUCCUCCUUCCCGGACCACAAGGUUAAGGUAACCCCGCUAGGUAACCCCACUAGGCCUGCUGCGGGGCAGACCGACCGAGGGAGAGACAGUGAGGGCGAGGGUGAGGGCCCCCUGCUGCACUGGCUCAAGGUGAACUUCAGCGAAGCCUUUAUCGCCUGGAUCCACAUCAAGGCGCUGAGGGUGUUUGUGGAGUCCGUGCUCAGGUACGGGCUCCCAGUGAACUUCCAGGCGGUGCUCCUGCAGCCUCACAAGAAGUCAUCGACCAAGCGCUUGAGAGACGUUCUGGACUCGGUCUUCAGACACCUGGACGAGGUAGCUGCUGCGAGCAUCCUGGACGCGUCGGUGGAGAUCCCUGGGAUACAACUCAACAACCACGAGUACUACCCUUAUGUCUACUUCCACAUCGACCUCAACCUCCUGGACUGAAGGGUGAGGGACGCGCAGCCUCCUACUCAGCGCCCACAGGGGCUCCUUCCAGAGCUGGAGAACAGUUUGUCCUACAGAGUGUAGAUUUUCAGAGAAGCUGCUCACAAGAGUUAGUGACAGUUGUAUUUAUUUUUUUUAAGUUACAAUAAAUGCUCACUCCUUUGA